ACGCACACGAAUCGGUCUUCGCACUAUCCGCAAACGUAAACGCAUUUGAUCCAUGUUACCGCGUCCGACGUCACAAUAAUAGGCAACCCCCCACCCUCGCGCCCGCGGCGAGGACGUUCAGGUGUGUGCGUCGUGUGAGAUACAGGUGCAAAAUAAACAGGAUCGUUCGCGAGUAGUAGUGUACGACGGGCCAAUAGUGGUCCGGGUAAACAAUAGGUGUGAGGGGGUUGCGCAUAGGGGCCAGCUCGAGGGUGCGCGGCGGGUGUAGCUUCCCAUUCUCGCGUUCUCCGCGGAUAUAGAGAGGAUCUCUCUUGUUUUGUUGCAGUGCCGGGCAGUUGAGUUAACGCGGGACACGGUGGCUGCCGCACAUCUCCAAGAGGUUCGCUCGACGGCGAAUCUGCAGUCAUGUGUUGAUCUGCCGCCCUUGCUCACGCAGCUGAGAAAUAUGUCUUCGAAGCGGAAGUCUCCACCGACGAAACUGCACGAAGGCAACGCGAGCGACACCCCCGUCUAUCAGUCGAACAUCGGGGGUAGCGGCAGCGACGGCGGAGGUCUGACCGACCUAGACGAAACGAGUAGCAACAAUCUAAGCGAUAUCUGCGAGGAAGAGGCGAACAAUAUGGUAAACAGUUCGUCCGCGUUUUACAAAUUAUCGGAACCGUCGUCCCCGAGCGCCUGCGGUAGCGAAAUCGACGACGCUCUCGAAGAAGAACACACUCCACCGAGCAAAACGGCGAGGAUGUGCGGCUCCGAUCCGAACUGUUCGCCGAUGGCGUCGAGCAUCUCGACGCUAUCGCUCCACGCAGAACAGACGGAUAGGCGACGGAACUCGUCCGAGUGUAGUUCGCCCGGUUCGGACGUUAAGACUAGUUUUCAUUACAACAAUAACAAUAGUAGUUUGCUUAACAAUAACAGUUCCUUGCAUCCGCUGAAACGGUCGAUGGACGACGUCCUCAAACGGUUGACGUCGAAAAUUAACAACAGUUCGAUCAAGGAGGAGCGUCGGCCGACGCCUUCGUCGACCCCGAACUCGACCCAUAACUCCGACGUCGAGCCAGCGACGGCAAUUCAACACGCUUUGUCCGGCGACACCAUAAUGGAGAAGGACAGAAAGUUGUCGGAGUUGAUUUUUCAACUUCAGAUGGUCAGGGAACAGCUGCUGACGCAGCAGCAACAACAGGAAGCGAACAAGAUAAGUAGCCCGUCGCCAUUGGUCAACGAAACCCACAAACAACUCGAAUUCCAAAGAAGGCAGCAGGAACAACUCCUGCAGCAACAACAGAAGCUACAAGAGCUCCAAGGUCAAAUUUCGGCCCAGUAUGCUGCCACGGGGACGGUCGGGCACCAAGGUCUUAUGUUUUUGCCGUUUUUGGAGCAGCUACGCAAUUUACAUCCCCCGAACAUGCCGCCCGUUGUUGCCAAAUCUCCGCUCGCCAAUCACAUGCUUCCACCCCACCAAGUACCAAACUGGAUCUCGGCAACGACAGCUCACUUGGCUCAAAUUUCGAACAACCAACAGAUACAACAGGAAAAACGAUCUCCGCCCGCGCAACCGACACCUUCGCCCCCACCACCCCCGUCGGAUCCCGACGCACCUCUCAAUCUCACCAAACCGAAAUCCUCUAGUUCGAGUUCGGCGUGCUCGAGCCCCCACGGAACCCCCACGAGUCAGUUACAGAGCAUGGCUGAUCAACCGGUGGCGGCGACCGCUCCUAGACUGCUACCUCCCAAUCUCAUGGUACCAAACAGGGCGUUUUUACCGUACGCAGGACUGCCGCCUCAAUUUCCGAUGCCUCCCAGCGACAACAUGCUGAAAGGGGGUAAGGACGGCAUGUCCACGAUGGACAAGCAAUCGCCGUUUUCUCUCCACAUGUACGCGAUGCCGACGCCCCCCGGCUUGACGGGCAGGCCCAAGGAGGAAAAUCUGAAGGACGAGACUGACUUUAUUACAGCUUGUCAGUUGUGGGGCGCGCCCGAUGCCGGCUUCAAACUCGAUGAGAACUCGGAAAAGGCGAAAAUCAUCAGGCAGCAACAAAAACGCGAUAACGAAAACAAACCUCACAUCAAACGGCCGAUGAACGCUUUCAUGGUGUGGGCAAAGGACGAGAGAAGGAAAAUCUUGAAGGCGUGCCCGGACAUGCACAACUCGAACAUCUCGAAAAUUCUCGGCGCCCGUUGGAAGGCGAUGUCCAAUUCGGAAAAACAACCUUAUUACGAGGAACAGUCGCGACUGUCCAAACUUCACAUGGAAAAGCAUCCGGACUACAGAUACCGACCGAGGCCAAAACGCACUUGCAUAGUCGAUGGCAAAAAGAUGCGUAUCUCGGAAUAUAAAAUGCUGAUGCGGCAACGUCGCCAGGAGAUGAGACAACUCUGGUGCCGAGAUGGUACCGAGAUGAAUUUCAACAUGUCUUCCGGCACGGAGAUGACUGCCGGCUCGUCAUCUUCGACAGGACGACAGAAUAUGUCGCCGCCCCUGCUACUGAACGGCGGCGCCGGACCCAGCAACGACGGCGGUUUUUAUUAUCCGCAGGAUAGCGCGUCACCCGAUGUGUUGAAUUUUUCGCAGGACCGCAACAUGACGUUCGAUUCUAGUCCGAGGAAUGAGGAGGACUGAGCCUGGCCCAACAGGGAACUGGUGUUCCCUCAGUGGUUCUGAGCGCACGGGUUCGGAUUCGGGAGCGGGAGAAGGAACGAGAUCGCUUUGCAUUGAUUCUUCAUGUUCAUGGAUUUUUUAAGCAAAUCGCGUCGGGGCAAAUAAAUCCGAAAUUUUUGAUGAGGAUGUGAUCAAACUUUAGGUGAAAAUUUUUUGAGCGAUCUAGACACGAAAUAUAUCGAAAAGUUUUUAUAAAAUAAAAUAAAUAUAAAUAAAAAUAAUAAACGUCUUUAUUGAAUUAAGUAAAAAAAAAACAUUUUAUAAGAAAUUUAAAAAUGCAAGGGCAGUCAGUUCAGCAUUGCAGGAAUUGAAUAUUUUGACAGAGAUAAUGGGCGCCACUGACUUUUUUCUUUUUGUUUAUAAAAAACAAAAACCCGAACAGCAAAAACCCUCCUUCCAAAAUCACACUCCCUUUUUAUACAAAAAUCAUUUAACAUUAAAUAACACGAGAUUUAUUUUACAAAAAAUAUGCGCCUUAACACCAUGAACACCAUCGUUAAAUUCAAACAGAACAAUUUGCUUCUAGAUUUUUGAGAAAUGCGUAAACUAACGUAUUUUCGGACUUUUUUAAUUAAUAUUUGGCCGAGUACAGACAAUUCCAGGUUUUCCAUGACAAUUUAUACUUUUUUUCAGGAAUAACUAUGAAUACAUGGAAUCCAGAAAAUUUGCCAAUCAGUUUUUCCAGAUAUAGACACAAUUUAAAUCGAAAAAAGCUAUUAAAAAUAUAUAAUGAUAUUAGUAAUAAUAAUAAUAAUAAUAAAGGUCUUUAAAAUAAGUAAAAAAACAUUUUAUAAGAAAUUUAGACACUAAACACUAAACUGAAUUUUUUAAACAUAAUUUUGGUAUAUUUAUUUGCCCCAUCAUCAAUGAUAAAAUAAUGUUUUCGUAAAUUAGGUUUCAAUUUUCCUGAUCGCAGCUAUCAAGGUGACAUGAUAUAUUUGAUCGAAUCCUCGCUAUUAAUAAGCUUUCCAAUUCCAAUUUUAGCCAUGUAAUCUAGACAUGCGUAUCUAAUGCCUCUUAAUUCAAAUUGAUUGUAAUUGUAAUUAAUUUUUUGUUUCUUUUUAUUUAUUUGCUUGCAUUUGGAAUCGUAGUACUUGUACUGAGGAUUAUACACUUUCCACUAAAGCGAAAUAAAGCAAAAAUGGAAGAAAGUAAAAUAUAACAACCAAAACAAUUAAACACGUAAAUAUGAACAAAAUCAUUUUAAUCCACAUUUAAAAUAUGAUAAUUGGAAAUGACAUGUGAAAAGUUAAUUUUGUUUCAAACAGAGAGAAUAAGAUUUCAAUUUUGCUUUUUCUAAAUUUAAUUUCGUCACUGCCCGGUUUUUUCAAAAAAGUGAAGUAUUUGUAACCCCGCUAUUGAGUAUUGUUGAGGAGAGCUGCGCACAAGUGAGGAGUCAAUGCAUUUAAAAGCGGAUCGGCCCCUUCCGGAGGUGAAACUAACGAGAGACAAAAACCGAAACGAUUCAAAGGGCGAACAAAGAAAAUUGCGGUGCGAUUGAGCGUCGUGACAUAAAUGCCAAAAGACUUGACAAAAAAUCGUAUUACAAAAAAAGGUGUCGUAGUUGUAUUGUUAUGUAUAUAUGCAUCACGUAGAUCUUCAAGUUAUUUAUUUUUUAUUACUAUUAUUAUUUUUAUUAUUAUUGCGGAUCGUAAGGUGUAAUCCAUUGUAAAUUUAUAUCCCGAGACAUUGCAUAUCUUCUGUUGUUUAAAAAAAUAAUAAUAAUAAUUAUUAUUAUUAAUUGGUACGUUUUGAAUUUUUAAAAUGUAGAUUCUAUCAAUUGACAGGGGUUUGUACCUGGGUAACGCGACAGUAUUGUUUCCGCGCUAAAUACGAGGUGUUUCCGGAAUGAUGGAAUAAUCUGACUAUAAAAAAUUUUAAAUCCAUUUCGAGAAAAAGAAAUACAUGCUUUUUGAUUAAUCUCCAAUUUGUCUUCAAUUCCGCAUGUACAGCAAACACCUCGUAUAAUAAUCCCAAUGACAUGACAAUUUCGUUUCGAACAAGCUUUAUUAGAUUUAAAACGAGUUGUAUUAUUACUUUUUUGUUUAAUUUUAUUCGAUGAAUGGUACAAAGCUUUAUUUUGGAAAAACUGUUGACGCGGCGCGUGACAGCUGAUAAGUUCCGGAAAAAUCCGAACCUAUCGGUGUCGCUGCACGCAUAUCUUCAUACGUGUGCAAUGUGUAAGUAUGUAUGUUAUAGAUUUGUUUUUUUUCUUUUCACCUGUUGUUUAUAUCAUUAUAUAAUAGAGCCAGUACGUUCUAAGUAAAUAUAGAUUAUUUAUUACUUUCAUCGGGCUACUGUACAGUCGAAACAAAAAUUCUCACAUCAUAGUGUUCGAUCAUAAUCUGACAAAGCCUUGCGCACUAUUCUAUCCAAUUUCCCAAUAACUAAAAAUCGAGGUUCAGGAAUGCAUAAAAAUUUUUAGUUGCUGAGAAAUGCACAUGAGAAAAAACCGAUAAUGCAUAAGUCUUAAAACCCAUGUAUAUAAUUUUAUUAAGUUGCAGUUAAAUAUUAACCGCAAUAGGCACUGUUAAUAAAAAUGUACGUAUAUCAUCAGUAUUUACGAAAAUCCUUCAUCUCUCGUCGGCAUAGGCGCCGUCUUGACAUAUUAAUCCGGCUCCCUUAUAACCUGGGUGGGGAAAAUGCCGCGUCCCCAAUUUUUGUUUAGUUUUACGUGAAAGUUCUCGCCGUACUUAUUGCUAAUUAUAAAACAAUUAAAAUGUGAUACCUGGCAACUAGGUACAGUAUGUAAAAUUGUAUCUACUUCGUGUAAGUAUACCUAAGCAUAAUGGAUGUCCCUCGAAACAAAAAAAAAAACGACGGUAGCAGCAUUUUCAAUAUUCCGGGAUGCGUCUUUUUAGGGCUAGUGAUUUGUAAGCGUAACAACACGAAUAGUCGAAUAUAUAAGAUCGUUUGGUCAACACUGAAACAUUAGUGAAUAGGCUCAUUGUUCUUCUUGUGCCAAAAUUAAGUUAAUAAAGUAUGA